AGAGGUAAAUUUUUAUUUGACAAUAUGGAUUCGGAUUUGCAUCCCAUCAAUCGAAUCUCUUCCAUCUCACAGUGUCCAAGUCACCAGUCAACGCUCUACAUUUACUGAUCUCUAUUCACAUUCAUUCCCAUCACACAGAGGAACGAAGAAGAAGAAGAAGAAGAUGGAGGUUCACCCUUACGUCCCACACGAUUUGCAUCUACCAGACUACGCCCCAUGUCUCCUUUCCAUGUCCAACAUUCUCUUCGUCUUCGCCUUCUCCUCGCUCCUUGUAGUCACACUCGUUUGGAUCUUCUCAGGACGCUUUAAGAAAACCAAAGUUGAUAGAGUGCUGAUGUGCUGGUGGGCCUUCACUGGCCUCACACACAUGAUUCUUGAGGGUUAUUUUGUUUUCUCACCUGAGUUUUUCAAGGAUAAGACUGGCUUCUACCUGGCUGAAGUUUGGAAGGAAUAUAGCAAAGGGGAUUCAAGGUAUGCAGGAAGAGAUGCAGGGGUAGUUACUGUUGAAGGAAUAACAGCUGUUUUGGAGGGUCCUGCUAGCCUUCUAGCAGUAUACGCAAUAGCUUGUGGGAAGUCAUAUAGCUACAUUCUUCAGUUUGCCAUUUCUUUGGGCCAGCUAUAUGGAACGGCUGUUUAUUAUAUAACAGCAAUCUUAGAAGGUGAUAAUUUUUCUACAAACACAUUUUACUACUAUGCUUACUAUAUUGGAGCAAAUGCCUCUUGGAUUGUAAUACCCUCGAUCAUUUCCAUCCGAUGCUGGAGGAAGAUCUGUGCAUCAUUUCGGGUUUUAGGAGGCCAGACAAAGAAGUCUAAAGUCCGUUGAUGCAGACAUUUUCAGGUUAUUGGAUUCAAAGAUCCUGAGCUAAUAAUUAUGUUUUUGGGAUGUUGAGAAUUGCGAUAGGAGAGAUUGUUUUAAGAAUUGUGCCAAUUGAUUCUCUUAAACUGCAUAUCUCAGGGAGAAAAGAAAAAUCCCAUUGUCGUUUGAGAAGGUGAUGUUUUAAGUUUUGAACAAGUAUUCUCCUAUGAUUGAAUUUUAGCUGGCACAGGUUAGAAUAUAGUCAGCAGCGCUUUUGCUCCA